CAUAUGAAACUAUAGGUAGCUUACUGUAUUGUGUGUUAGGCUAAUAUUAUUACAACAGUGUUGUCUGCUGUACUCUUUCAGUCAUUUGAUUCAGUCCCAUUUUGCAUCACUGAUAAUCUCUGAGGAUGUAUUUAUUUCCCCUCUUGAUCCCAUUUUAAUGUGAUUUAGUUAAAUACGUAGGCCGUUUCAGCACCACUUAAAAAACUGCAAUAGGUAAAGACGUGGGUUAUGUUUGAAAGAAACGCCGGAUUUUUUAAUUACUUUUUUCCCCUUCGAAAACUGUAAUGGGUAGAGACGUGAAAUAUGUUUGAAAGAAAUGCCUGAUUUUAAAAGGACCUUUUUCCAGUGAUUAUAUUUGGACUUAAUUUAUUGGCAUGAUCUUUUGAAGACUACAUGGACAGACUACUUUGCCCAUUGAUCAUUCGGUUGAGAUGUUGACACAAGGGGAUUCGUGUUUUUACAAUCCUGCAUUUUGAAAUAGUCUACCUCUGUUGAUAUGAGGGGUCCCAUUAUGUAUCUUUAAAAACAAUUAAACCCGGCAUGUUUUUCUAUGCGUAGCAGACUCUCCUCCAUACAAUUGGCGAGAGACUUGCACACUAUUUUCUGCAGUUUUAUUCAACUACACGGAGUGUCGCUAUUGACCAGCAGUAGCUUUGAAAUGAAUCUCUCCACCCAUUCUUGAAAUGUCCAGGGAGUGAGGGGACAUCAUUAUUGCAGUGUAAAAGUCUCCUGCUUAACAUUUUAACGUGGUGCAUUUUGAUCUGCUGGUUGUAAACGUUUCUUCGGUUGGAUAGCACUGAUUUUGACACACUAAUCGGCCUAUUUGGAAUGAGUUGUGUUAUCUGAAAAUGGAAUACAAGGGAUUCUCGUUCUCUGCCUCAUUGCUCGGCCUGGCUUUGUUUCUUUUCCUGCUGCACACCAGCUAUGGAGACGUGACCUAUUCUGUUCUAGAGGAGAUGAAACGCGGAUCUGUGAUCGGGAAUAUAGCCAAGGAUCUGGGGCUGGAUGCAAAACGACUUAUGUAUCGGAAAGCUCGUUUAGAUGUUCAAGGUAGCAGCAAGCGCUAUUGUGAAAUCAAUCUGAAUACUGGGGAUAUGGUCAUCGCUGAAAUAAUAGACAGGGAGCAGCUUUGCGGUAGGAGGAUUUCAUGCACCUUAAAAUUCGAGAUGGUUCUGGAAAAUCCUUUAGAAUUACAUAACAUAAUCUUACAGGUACAAGAUAUUAAUGACAAUAGCCCACUAUUUGGGGAAGAUAGCGUUACGUUUGAUAUCAGCGAGUCAGCAGUCAAAGGCGCUCGAUUUUCGGUGAAUCCGGCUCACGAUGCAGAUAUAGGACUGAACGCUGUUCAAAGCUACACACUACAAAGGAACGACCAUUUUAGCCUGGCUGUUCAUACCAACCCAGGUUCUGAAAAGUAUGGUGAGCUAGUGUUAGACACAGAGUUAGACCGAGAACAACAACAGGAGGUAUCAUUACUACUGACUGCGGUUGAUGGUGGGACCCCACAGAGAUCUGGAACUGUAGUUAUACACGUCACUGUGCUGGAUGCUAACGAUAAUAAACCAGUGUUUAGCCAGAAUGUCUAUAAGGUCAGUGUACCUGAAAAUGCUCCAUCAGGUUCAUUAGUUGUUACUGUGACGGCAACAGAUGCAGACGAGGGGGCAAAUGGACAGGUGACGUACGGAUUUGGCCCAAUCUCAGAAGAAUUAAAUAAAUUAUUUUCUCUUGACCCUAAAACGGGAGACAUCAGGAUAGCAGGACAGAUGGAUUUUGAAGAAGAAUCAAUUCAUGAAUUGCGUAUCAAAGCCAAAGAUGGCUCGGGAUUGACUUCCUUUGCCAAAAUAUUCAUAGAAAUUACAGAUGUUAAUGACAAUGCCCCAGUGAUAUCUCUUAAAUCCUUGACCAAUCCCAUCCCAGAGAACUUGUUACCUGGCAGAGAAGUGGGCAUCAUUAAUGUACAGGAUAAAGACUCGGAGGGAAAUAGACAGGUCCGAUGCUCCAUUCAACAAAAUGUUCCUUUCAAAUUAAACCCCUCAAUCAAAAACUACUAUUCUCUGGUAACAACUAGUGAACUAGACCGAGAGAUAAUAUCAGAUUAAAACAUAACUAUCACUGCCACUGACGAGGGGUCUCCACCUUUAUCCUCCUCAAAGACUAUUCAUUUAUCUGUAUCAGACGUGAAUGACAACCCACCAGUGUUUGAAGAACAAUCCUACAUUUCCUAUGUGACUGAAAACAACAAGCCUGGCUCCUCUAUGUGUUCUGUUACUGCCAGAGACCCAGACUGGAGACAGAACGGUACGGUGGUCUAUUCUCUAUUGCCCAGUGAUGUCAACGGUGUUCCGGUGUCCUCAUUUCUAUCCAUUAACGGAGACACGGGGGUGAUCCAUGCUGUGAGAACAUUUGAUUAUGAGCAGUUUAGGAGCUUCAAAGUCCACGUUGUAGCCAGAGACAAUGGUUCUCCUCCACUCAGCAGUAACGUGACAGUGAGAGUCUUCAUAACAGAUGAGAAUGAUAACUCUCCCCAGAUAUUAUACCCUGCGCCAGCAGGGAACUCCUUGAUGACUGAGAUGGUCCCCAAAGCUGCUCUGGCGGGGUCCCUGGUUUCCAAGGUGAUAGCUGUGGAUGCUGACUCUGGACAGAACGCGUGGCUUUCCUAUCAGAUCGUGAAAUCGACUGAUCCGGGACUUUUCACUAUUGGUCUCCAAGGUGGAGAGAUCAGGGCACAGCGGGACAUUUCUGAAUCUGACAGUAUGAAGCAGAACCUUGUUAUAUCAGUGAAAGAUAACGGACAGCCCUCUCUCUCUGCAACCUGUGAUGUAUAUUUACUCAUAUCAGACAACUUGGCUGAAGUUCCAGAACUGAAAGACAUGGCUUAUGAGGAUAGUUCCAAACUUACUUCCUAUUUGAUCAUCGCACUGGUCUCUGUCUCCACCUUUUUCCUGACUUUCAUUAUUCUCAUCCUGGCCGUGAGGUUCUGCCGCAGUAGAAAGCCUAGAAUGUUGUUUGAUGGAGCAGUCGCCAUUCCCAGCGCGUAUUUCCCUCCCAACUAUGCAGAGGUGGAUGGAGCUGGAACUCUGCGCAGUUCUUACAAUUAUGACGCAUACCUGACAACGGGCUCACGCACCAGUGACUUCAAGUUUGCCAGAUCUUACAAUGACAGCACGCUGCCUGCUGAUCAGACACUAACAAGAUGUCCAGAUACAUUACUAGAAGGAAGUUCCAUCACCCUCAACACUGCAGGGGAGUCUAUUGAG